UGUCACUUUGGCUCGGUGAAAAGAUUUGAAGCACGGAAAGCGAUGGCUGUUUGCAACAGUCCACAGAAUGCAGAGCAGUUCCAGUGUUCAAUAUGCCAGGACAUCUUCACUGACCCGACAACCAUUCCAUGUGGACACAACUUUUGUAUCGAAUGUAUCCGUCAACACUGGGACAGCAGUAGGAAGACCAGCUGCCCCCUUUGCAAAAAUCAUUUUAACUUAACACCAGAGAGUCUGGACAUCAACAGAGAGUUCAAAGAGAUCAUUGAACGACUGAAGAGGGUUGAAAGUCCUGUUCAGCCUGGAGUUGUAGUGUGUGAUGCCUGUACAAAAAUAAAGAGAGGAGCUUUGAAGUCUUGUCUGCAUUGUGAAGGAUCUUUCUGCAAAACUCACCUUGAACCUCAUAACACCGUAGCCAAACUGAAGCAGCACAAACUUAUCAAUCCUGUGGAGAAUCUGGGGGAUUAUAUCUGCCCGACUCACGAGAGACCGCUGGAGUUGUUCUGCAGAGAUGACCAAAUGUGUGUGUGUCUGUCGUGUACGAUAAAAGACCACAGAACACACAACAUUGUCCCGGUAGAGGAGGAGAGCGAAAAAAGAAAGUCUCAGUUUGGGAAAAAGCAGGCCGAGGUUCAUUUGAUGAUCCAGAACAGAAUGAAGAAAAUUGAUGAAAUCAAAUGCUCAGUGAUGUUAAGCAAGCAAAGCUCAGAAAAAGAGAAAGCCGGCUGUGUGGAGGUGUUUGCUGAUCUGAUGCGCUCCAUUGAGAGAUGUCAGUGUGAGCUGCUGGAGGUGAUGGAGCAGAAGCAGAAAGCAGCAGAGAAACAGGCUGAAGAUCUGAUUAAAGAGCUGGAGCAGGAGAUCAGUGAACUGAGGAGGAGAAACACUGAGCUGGAGGAGCUCUCACAUACUGAAGAUCACCUGCACCUUCUACAGAUUUAUCCAUCCCUUUGCAGGCCUUUAGACACCAAGAUCUGGACUGGGAUCAGUGAAACUCAUCUAAGGGAGGAUGCUGUGAGAAGAGCUCUAACAAUACAUCAGGGAUUUCUCAAUGAUGUAAUGGUGAAGAUUACAGGAAUUGAGCUGAAGAAGAUCAAGAAGUUUACAGUGAACGUGACUAUGGAUCCUGAAACUGCUCACCCCAAACUCUUCUUGUCUCAGGAAGACAAACAAGCUGAAUACGGAGAAACACGUCAGCCUGUCCCUGACAAUCCAUGGAGGUUUGAUAAGUGCCCCAGUGUCCUGGGGAAGGAGGGAUUCUGCUCUGGCAAGUUUUAUUUUGAAGUGCAGGUAAAAGGGAAAAUGGAGUGGGAUUUAGGAGUGGCGAGAGAGUCUGUUAACAGGAAGGGAAUAAUUACUCUGAGUCCUAGGAACGGACUGUGGACUCUGUGGUUGAGGAAUGGAGCUGAAUAUAAGGCCUGUGACUGUCUGUCUGUGUCUCUCUGCCUGAAAGUGAAGCCCCAGACGGUGGGUGUGUUUGUGGAUUAUGAGGAGGGUUUAGUCUCAUUUUAUGAUGUAGAGUCCAGGUCUCAUAUCUACUCUUUCACUGGUCAGUCUUUCACUGAGAAACUCUAUCCAUAUUUCAGCCCUGGCUUUAAUUAUGGAGAUAAUAAUUCAGACCCGCUGAUCAUUUCACCUGUCAGCAAGAAAAACUGGACUUUAAUGAAUGAUGACUGUUUGUAA